UGUUCCCGGAGGUUCUCGUGUGCGCUGGUGUCUUGGCGAUGCCGCCUCUGGCUGGAUCUCUGGAGGCGGACGGCAGAUUUCUUCUCGGGCAGUGCCGGCGGCCGGCUGGUUCCCAUUUCCCUGUUGGUUCGCGGGCCUACCACUGCUCAGCUUGUCACUGCAGGCGCGUUUGUGGAUGGGAGAUCGAGCACACCGGCGAUGCAGUGGCCAGGUCGAGGUUCUGCAGGAGCAACAUGGUGGCGCCGCCGCCGCUGCCUUCGAUGGAGGAGGAACCAGGGUCGUCCCUGGUGGCCACCUGCUCAAGAGGGGGAGGGACGAGCUGGCGGAUACCUCGGCGAGGUGUAUGACAAACACAGAAUAAUAAUCCAAGAAAGCGGCAGAAUGGGAAAUCUACCUAUGAAAAGGUACCAUCUAGGAAAUAUAACAACUAAUUAAUCUGUUUUUGAUUAUAUAUCAUGGUUAAUGGUUUCAUGGAAAAAGAUCGUUUAUCUUUACUCUCAGCAUUUCAGCUUGGCAAAGAAUAAUGAGAGUAAAAGAGCUAGAGAUGAAUGUUCCCUCCUA